UUGGAACAAACUGAGUGGAUAAAAGUGAAGUGCAGCAUUGAAAAUAAUUAAUUAAAAGAAAUCUUAAAAGAAGUAGUGGAAAUAAUCAUGAUAUCAGGGUCUAAUCGUAUAGCCGCCGCAAACCUUGCAUCAUCUGCUUUAAAAAGCGGCACAGACUUUUCUAUAAAAGCCAUUAUGGCUCGGGAGGAAUUAAACGGUGAACCAUCAGAAUAUAACAUAAGUCCUGCCUCGAUAAAUCGCUUUGGUGAAGGUGAUGACGAAUUAGAUGUUGAUGUGGAGCAAUGUAGUGAUUCAGAAGCUCUUUCGGGUUCGAGAACUCCACAAACAACAUCAAAUAAUUCUAGAGGAACAACCCCAAGUCCAUCAGACGAUGAAAGACUUUCACCUGAACCGAUAAAACCUAAAAUAUUGGGCUCUUGUAACUGUGAUGAUUUACAACCAGUUCAAUGUCAUCUUGAGACUAAAGAACUUUGGGACAAAUUUAAUGAACUAGGGACUGAAAUGAUUAUAACAAAAACUGGACGACGAAUGUUUCCAACAGUUCGUGUGUCAUUUUCGGGUCCAUUACGUGGUCAACCAUCAGAUCGAUAUGCUGUUUUGUUGGAUAUUGUGGCUGUUGAUUCGCGUCGUUAUCGUUACGCAUAUCAUCGUUCAUCAUGGCUUGUAGCUGGGAAAGCUGCCCCACCACCACCUGCAAGACUGUAUUCUCAUCCCGACACUCCACUUGGAGCUGACGCUCUUCGGAAGCAAGUGAUAUCAUUCGAGAAAGUUAAACUUACAAAUAACGAAAUGGAUAAGAAUGGACAGAUCGUUCUUAAUUCAAUGCAUAGAUAUCAACCACGUAUUCAUUUGGUGCGUUUGACGCCUGGUCAAAACAUUCCCGUUACGCCAAAGGAGCUUGCCGAACUCGAUCACAAAACUUACGUGUUUCCCGAGACCAUCUUCACCGCUGUAACUGCGUAUCAGAAUCAAUUAAUAACUAAGCUGAAAAUCGAUUCGAAUCCAUUUGCAAAGGGAUUCAGAGAUUCAUCAAGGUUAACAGAUUUCGAUAGGCGAAUGUUUCCAACAGUUCGUGUGUCAUUUUCGGGUCCAUUACGUGGUCAGUCAUCUGAUCGAUAUGCUGUUUUGUUGGAUAUUGUGGCUGUUGAUUCGCGUCGUUAUCGUUACGCAUAUCAUCGUUCAUCAUGGCUUGUAGCUGGGAAAGCUGACCCACCACCACCUGCAAGACUGUAUUCUCAUCCCGACACUCCAGUUGGAGCUGACGCUCUUCGGAAGCAAGUGAUAUCAUUCGAGAAAGUUAAACUUACAAAUAACGAAAUGGAUAAGAAUGGACAGAUCGUUCUUAAUUCAAUGCAUAGAUAUCAACCACGUAUUCAUUUGGUGCGUUUGACGCCUGGUCAAAACAUUCCCGUUACGCCAAAGGAGCUUGCCGAACUCGAUCACAAAACUUACGUGUUUCCCGAGACCAUCUUCACCGCUGUAACUGCGUAUCAGAAUCAAUUAAUAACUAAGCUGAAAAUCGAUUCGAAUCCAUUUGCAAAGGGAUUCAGAGAUUCAUCAAGGUUAACAGAUUUCGAUAGAGAUCCGAUGGAUUCAUUGCUUCUUGAGCAACAUCUUAGGUCACCUUUGGGUCUUUUUGCUGAUCCAAUGUUAGCACAACUUAUGCCUCAAUCGAUCGAUGCUGCGCUCAUAGAGAAAGCUCGUCAACAUUUACAAAUGUGGGGACGUUCACCUUACACUGAGCUCUUUCUACCCCAAAUGUAUCAACGACCUAAUGUUAAUUCUGCAUUGAACUUAGGAGCAUGGCAGGGACAAUGGUCACCACAAUUAUCAGUUGCUGCUGGUUUUCUCAACAAUCAAGCAGCACUUCAACAAGCGGCUGCCGCAUCUCAACAACAACAUCAAGCAAGAAGUCCACCUCUUUUACCAGGAACAAUAAUAACACAAACACAUUCAGAAACUUCAUCAUCUGAUGGUAGACCAAAGCAUUAUGCACCUAGAUUCAGUCCUUAUCCAAUGCCACAUGAAUUAUCUCCAAACGCAGUUGCUCAAUUUUCUAGAAAAUCUGAAAGUCCGAUGGCACUCAAGAAUACAAUAGAAAUAGAGUAA